AUGUCCCCGGUACCUGACUACUCCAAUCAUCGAGAUGCCAUGGAAAAUGGUGAUGAUGAACUAGAUUAUACUGAUAUUGAAGCUAGAUACCACGUACAAGUCCCAAAAGGAUUUGAUCGAAUAGUCGUAGUAGACGGCGUCCCAAUAGUCGAUGAUGCAAAAGAACAAAAGCUACUACCCGUCAUCAAACGUGUCUUUAAGGAUGUUGGAAAUAUUAUAGAAGGAGGCAUCUUUCAUCCCAAAGAUGCCGAAUCUGGCAAAUCAAAAGGAUUUAUGUUUAUCGAAUUCGAAACUGCAGACCAAGCAGUCCAAGCCGUCAGACGUGGAAACGGCUAUGCUCUAGACAGAACACAUACCCUAUCUGUAAACAAAUUCGAUGACGUCGAAACAUUCACCGAGAUGGACCAAGAAUACAAGGAUCCUGAAACGGCUACUCUCAAAGAAAAGGAACACUUGAAGAGUUGGUUGAUGGAUGCUAGAGCUAGAGACCAAUUCGUCCUGAUGAAGGCUGAAGAAGUAUCUGUGUUAUGGAAUAAUAAGACCGAAGCUCCAGAUGUCGGAUGGACAGACUACUACGUACAGUGGUCGCCAAAGGGUACCUACCUGACUACAUUCCAUAAACAAGGUGUCCAAUUAUGGGGCGGUCCAAAUUGGGACAGAAUCAACAAGUUUGCCCAUCCAAAUGUAAAGUUGCUCGACUUUAGUCCUAGUGAAACGUAUAUGGUCACAUGGAGCUCUGAGCCAUUCAUGACUCCUGAAGGAGAAUCACAUCACGUUAUCGUAUGGGAUGUCUUAUCAGGAAGCCGAUUACGAUCCUUCUCUGUUGACCCAACAUCCAUGCAACGAGACGGAAAAGCUGAAGCUCAAGCCAGCUUCCAAAACUGGCCAAUGUUCAAAUGGUCGUUUGAUGACAAGUAUGUGGCUAGAGCUACUCUAGGUCCGCAAGGAAUGAUUCAAAUAUAUGAAACCCCAAGUAUGGUCUUACUUGACAAGAAGAGCAUCAAGAUUGAGAAUUUGAUGAGCUUUGGAUGGUCUCCUGCUGAUCACUUGAUUGCUUAUUGGACACCGGAGGCUGGCAAUAUUCCAGCACGAGUUACUGUGCAGCGUAUACCAUCUCGUGAAAUCGUACGAACCAAGAACCUCUUCAACGUACUGGAUGCUAAAAUGGCAUGGCAAUCCAGUGGUGAUUACCUACUAGUCAAAGUAGAUAGGGCAAAGACCAAAAAGUUGUCAUUCACCAACUUUGAAAUCUUCCGCGUAAAGACAAAGGAAAUUCCCGUUGACGUAGUUGAGUUCAAAGCUGGUGAAGCCGUUGGUAAAGUCUUUUGGGAACCUCAUGGUGAUCGAUUCGUAGUAUUAUCAUCCGAAGGCCAAGUCUCUCGAGUGUAUCUGUACGAAAUGCAAUCUGCCCAACCAAUCACAAAACCAGGUGCUACGCCGACGCUAUCCGAAGUAGUAGGGAACGCCAAACUUAUAAAACAAGUCGACCGUAAAUCCUCUAUAAAUGACUGUGUAUGGUCACCAAAAGGUCGAUUCUAUGUAUUAGCAGCCGUACGAACAUCCGGUGAUUUAGAAUUCUGGGAUGCUGAUGAAGCAACCAUGAUGAAUUCAGGAGAACACUAUUCCAUGACGGAUACACCAGUAUGGGAUCCUACAGGUCGAUAUGUCAUAUCGUCUGUAUCGUGGUGGAGAGUGCAGUCAGAUACAGGAUACACAAUCUGGUCCUUUAUUGGAAACAAGCUCCAUACCGCCGUCGUACCCGUAUUCAAGCAAAUCUCAUGGAGACCACGUCCAGUAACACUCUUAACCAAGGAUGAUCAAAAACGUAUACGUAAAUCGAUAAAAGAGUAUUCCAAAGAAUUCGAAGAAGCUGAUGCUGCCACCACUUCUAAAGCAUCACAAGAGGUUGUUGAACGCCGAUUGUCAUUGUGGAAGGAAUGGCGAGAUUACCGAGCUCGUUGUGAAGAUGAUUAUAAAAAGGAACGACGAGCCAGAACGGAAGUGUAUGGAUUUGAUCCUGAUAGUGUUGAACAGGAUGAAGGUGAUUUCGAUGAGACUGUGGAAGAGGUUAUUGAGGAGGUGGAAGAAGAUGGUUGGAAUUGA